AUGCCUCUAUAUUUGAUCAAUGGUUUAGAUUUCUCGAGCAACAAUUUUACCGGAGAGAUCCCUCCUCAAAUCGGCCACCUGGGUGACACCAAUACUCUUAAUUUUUCCUACAACCUGUUCACAGGACACAUCCCGACGACUAUUGCAAACCUAUCACAGAUUGAGAGUUUGGAUCUUUCUCACAAUGAUUUGAGCGGGGUGAUUCCUACUCAACUCACAGAGUUGAAUUCUCUAUCUUCUUUUAACGUGGCUUACAACAAUUUAUCUGGUAGAUGUCCUAAGAGGAUUGGACAGUUUGCUACAUUCAAUGAAGAUAUCUAUUGGGGGAAUCCUCUUCUUGUCAACUGCACUUCGUCACAGUCGACACGAAAACCGCCUGUCAAGCAGACGCCCACCGAUGACGAUGAUAAUGAUGAAGACGGAUGCUACAUUGACAUGGGGAGCUUCUACGCAAGCAGUGGAGUGUCUUUUGUCAUGGUGCUGCUGACAAUUGCGAGUGUUCUCUACAUCAAUCCGUACUGGCGGCAGGUGUGGUUUUAUUACGUUGGAGUCACCAUAACUACUUGCUACUAUUUUGUUGUGGACCAUCUUCCAGUACCGACGAGGUACAAAGUGUGGGAACUUCGUGUCUAG